GAUGAAAAAACAAAAAAUCAUACUACUAUAAUCCACAACGCACUCCUUUUUUUUAUUCAUAAAGAACGGCCUGGCCGUAUUGCUACGCACUCCUUGAUGCUGCAUGAUAAGCUGACAAAAGUGACGUCAAAAAACAAUCAUUACUUAUCUUUGAUGUGGUCAGACGUGCGGUAGGUCUGGACUGAUGCACCCACAACAAACCAGCGCCCCGAUCGGAAUCACGUACCACCGUUGUCCAUUCCAUAAUCUACGCACGCGUCUCCGAUUACACUAAUCAGAUCAUAGGACGCGAUCUAUAAAAUUUUUGCCGAGCGCGUACCGGACGUCCAUUCGUUGGUAGUUGGUAGCUCGGAACGGAAUUGUUUCUGCACACGUUGUUUGCACAUCAUGCCGGGCGAAAUUAUUGAGUACACGCUGGCGGAAGUGGCCCUGCGCAACGGUAAGGCGGGCAAUCCAACGUGGAUUGUGAUUCGGGACAUCGUGUACGAUGUAACGCAUUACAUGGAGGACCACCCGGGUGGCAGUGAGCUGAUUUCCGAGUGGGCCGGUAAGGACGGUACGAAGGGUUUUGAUGACUUUGGCCACUCGUCGGAUGCGAUGCGAUUGCUGAAACCGUUGCAAGUUGGUGUACUGGUUGUGAGCGAUCAAGCAAAGAAUCGUGGUAAGAGCGUGGCUGGUGGCCAAACGAAGGCAGCAGAAGACUUGACGGAAGAGGAACUCAUGAAGAAAAAGCGCAGCAAACGGCGUAUGUUUAUUCUGUGCGGUUAAGUGGACCAGAGGGACCGGAACCGCAGAGAAGUGUUCAUAACAUUUGUGAUAUCUACUUAUAAUAAUCAGUAGCGUGUUAAGUGGCAUGGAAGGUUUUAAAGGGAAAAAUGAUAAAAAUAGUAAUUU